AUGACGUUAAAAGCCUACAGGUCUGAGGACAUGCGAUUGCAGACUUCAGAAGUUAUUUUUCUGGUCCAGUGUUUCCUGAGGUUCGCCCGCAAGAAUCCACCCGGUAAUUAUCUCCCCUCUCGCGCUCAUGGGGGGACAUUAACCACGAACGCGCUGGAGAAGAAAGUCCCUAAAGGAUGCGGCGGGGAGGGCCCGGUCCACCCGGAGCCCCCGCUAGGGGGCGCGCUCUGGCCGUGGCACAAAGCCGAGCUCGAAGGGGGUGUUGCUGGGAGGGGGGGGGGGUUGGACGCGGAGAGCCGGGGUCCGAGGGGCCUCCGGACUGAAACUAGCAUUGGGUCCCUUGUCGCUCCUUCCUGGAGUUCUAACCUGUGCCCACCCACCCUCGCCCCGUCCGGGGUCGCCAGGAGCAGCAACUACAAAGUAAAGGCUGCCCCUAGGUCCAACCGUCAGCGGCCGGACGGCGCGGGGGCCGCCGUGGCCGCCGCCGCCGCGGCCGCCGCAGCCUGGGACACGCUCAAGAUCAGCCAGGCGCCGCAGGUGAGCAUCAGCCGCAGCAAGUCGUACCGCGAGAACGGGGCGCCCUUCGUGCCGCCGCCGCCCGCCCUGGACGAGCUGAGCGGCCCCGGGGGCGUCGUGCACCCGGACGAGCGCCUCGGCGCCGCCGGCGGCCCGGGCAGUGCCCCGGCGGCGAGUGGCGGCACGGGCGCGGAGGACGACGAGGAGGAGCUGCUGGAAGACGAGGAGGAUGAGGACGAGGAAGAGGAGCUGCUGGAGGACGACGAGGAAGAGCUGCUGGAGGACAAUGCCCGCGCUCUGCUUAAGGAGCCUAGGCGCUGCGCUGUGGCCGCCCCUGGUGCGGUGGCCGCAGCCGCCGCCGCCGCCGCCGCCGCCGCCGCCGCCGCCGUGGCCACCGAGGGCGGGGAGCUGUCGCCCAAGGAAGAGCUGCUGCUGCACCCGGAGGACACUGAGGGCAAGGAUGGCGAGGACAGCGUGUGCCUGUCUGCGGGCAGCGACUCGGAGGAGGGGCUGCUGAAGCGCAAACAGAGGCGCUACCGCACCACGUUCACCAGCUACCAGCUGGAGGAACUGGAGCGGGCCUUCCAGAAGACGCACUACCCAGACGUCUUCACCAGGGAGGAACUGGCCAUGAGGCUGGACUUGACUGAGGCCCGAGUCCAGGUCUGGUUCCAGAACCGUCGGGCCAAGUGGCGCAAGCGGGAGAAGGCUGGCGCGCAGACCCACCCCCCGGGGCUGCCCUUUCCCGGGCCGCUCUCGGGCACCCAUCCGCUCAGUCCCUACCUGGACGCCAGUCCCUUCCCCCCGCACCACCCCGCGCUAGACUCGGCCUGGACGGCCGCCGCCGCUGCCGCCGCCGCCGCCUUCCCGAGCCUACCUCCGCCUCCGGGCUCGGCCAGCCUGCCACCCAGCGGGGCGCCGCUGGGCCUGAGCACUUUCCUUGGAGCUGCUGUGUUCCGGCACCCGGCCUUCAUCAGCCCGGCGUUCGGCAGGCUCUUUUCCACCAUGGCCCCCCUGACCAGCGCGUCGACCGCGGCCGCGCUCCUGAGACAGCCCACUCCGGCCGUGGAGGGCGCGGUGGCUUCGGGCGCACUGGCGGACCCGGCCACGGCGGCCGCAGACAGACGCGCCUCCAGCAUAGCGGCGCUGAGGCUCAAGGCCAAGGAGCACGCCGCGCAGCUCACGCAGCUCAACAUCCUGCCGGGCACGAGCACGGGCAAGGAGGUGUGCUAAAGGCUGCCCUCCACCCUCGCGCCCGGAAAGGUCACUUCACUCAGCACCACUCAAGACCAAAUGGAAACAGAGGACCAGCACACUCCUGAGAUGGCACUGAGAGAGCGCAGCCGCCUUCGCAGCAGCCUGGAAGCGCGAAAGGCAGCCCUAGGCGCUAACGGACGUGGCAGCUCCUCGGCUGGCUGUCCACCCUCCCCGUCCCCUUCCCUGUCCCCGUCCCAGUCCCCGCCACUGCCAACCUCGUUCCAACUGGAACGUCCACUUUCUCCCAUUCUUACUUUGCUGAAAAUACCGGGGAGGUUUUCUCCCCAAGACGCCUGAUUAUUGAAGUUAAAAUUUUCAAAAGCCCAACCCCUCUUCCUGCUGACACCCCACUUAGCUUUUUUAAAAUAGCAUUUUGGCUCUCUAAGUUGAUCUCCCCAGCGCGGCCCGGCCAGAAGCCUGGGCCAGGGAAGUGAAUGCGAGUCUGUAAGAUAGCUAACAGUGCACUUAAAGGAAAGGGGCGUCUUGUUCUUGUUCUCUUCUUCAUCAUACACCAACCAAGGUUUUUAUAUCAAACCAAAGGGAAAUACUCUGCUAGAAUAUGGACUGCUGAAGUCACCAAACUGUGAUUAUUGAUCCUGUACAUACCAUUGUUAUUAAAAAAAGAACAGAGCUUUGUAUAUUUGAAAUGUUAUAACGCAAUUGCACUCAGCGUGGUAUGCUAAAAGUUUGUCCUCCUGUAGAUUCUUACUGUGUUGUAGAUACGGUAGGGUUCCUAGACAAAUAUUUAUGUACUCAAGCCCUUUAUUUAACUUAUUAACUGUAGAGGCUUCCGAAACCUUCAAGAUAAAGGCAAUGGUACAGUACUUUUGUGUAAUGUGUAAUUGUUAUCACUUUUCCUUGCUAUCUAGUGGAGAAGUGUCACGCUCAAAAUAAAAAAAAAUUAUAUGUUUAACAAUA